GUUCCGUCACCCAAUGAUUGGAAGCAGCGACAGAGAGAGGUGGGCAAGAAGAACCAGAGAUGGAAGAGCAGAUCUAUGAAAUCCCAUGGUACAUACGUGAACCAGAGAGAGGCGGGCAAGAAGAACCAUGGUUAGAUCUGCUCCUUUUUCGACAUAGUCGCCAUCGAUUUCAUAGAUCUAUAAAGCUUUUGUUACUCCUAGCCUUGCCUCAAGCCGUCAAAACCUCGGAUGGAAGAGAUUAGAUCUACGAGGGAGGGGGUUACGGAAGGGAUGGCGGCAAGAAGAACAAUAGGAGUCAUCCGAUGGUGCUAGAGAGUCGGCGGCGGCGGUGGUAGAGAAUCGCCGGCGGUGGUCGAGAAUUGCCGGCUAUGGUGUUGGCAAUCAGAGAUUGCGUAUGGGUAGAUUGGAAGAUGGAAGGUUGCAGGGGUAAAAUAGGAAAGUCAAAGCAAAUUUUAUCACACAUUAAUAUGCGUGCCCGGGGGCAUGCAUGGUAGCAAAAGUGGGGGAUUUUUAGCAUUCUUUCGGGUAUGGGAUUGUUUGUAUAAUGAAUGGUCUUAAGCUUGCUAGCUUCCCCGGAUACGUGAACAAAAAGUCAACUUUAGGUCCAGCUCAAUUCCAGCCCCGAUGUGUGUGCUUGUGCCGGUCUCAUUUCUUGCGUACAAUAUCCUUUAAAUUUCUGAGAGCCUUUUUCCCUCUCAAAUUUUUUAUUUAUCGAUGUACUUUUGGGGUUGCCUUCCCUUAGUUUCGAUUUACGAAUGGGGAAUUUCAAGUUGGGGCUUGUUUUAGUUAGUUAUUUUGUGCAUAUACUGGGAAUUGGAGCUUUCAGGUUUCACAAUAGUCAUCAUACUGAGAGAAUAGAAGGCAGUGCUGGUGAUGUGCUGGAAGAUGAUCCUACCGGGAGGCUAAAAGUUUUUGUAUACGAGCUUCCAAGCAAAUAUAACAAGAAAAUCCUCCAGAAGGAUCAACGGUGUCUAAACCACAUGUUUGCUGCGGAAAUAUAUAUGCAUCGUUUCCUUUUAUCCAGCCCUGUGCGCACUCUUAACCCCGAGGAAGCCGAUUGGUUUUACACACCAGUGUACACCACUUGCGACCUGACAGCAAAUGGCCUUCCUCUUCCCUUUAAGUCCCCCCGUAUGAUGAGGAGUGCAAUACAACUUAUUGCUUCAAACUGGCCCUACUGGAAUAGGACAGAAGGGGUUGACCACUUCUUUAUCGUCCCACAUGAUUUUGGGGCUUGUUUUCAUUAUCAAGAGGAAAGAGCCAUUGAAAGAGGGGUUCUUCCAUUACUCCAGCGAGCAACCUUGGUUCAAACUUUUGGUCAACGAAAUCAUGUUUGCUUGAAGGAUGGUUCCAUCACCAUUCCUCCAUAUGCUCCUCCACAGAAAAUGCAAUCCCAUUUGAUUCCUCCAGAGACUCCACGGUCCAUCUUUGUUUACUUCCGCGGUUUGUUUUACGAUGCUGGCAAUGACCCUGAGGGUGGUUACUAUGCAAGAGGUGCCCGAGCUGCGGUGUGGGAGAACUUCAAGGACAAUCCUCUGUUUGACAUCUCAACAGAGCAUCCAACCACCUACUAUGAAGACAUGCAGAGAGGUAUCUUCUGUCUGUGUCCUCUUGGGUGGGCGCCGUGGAGUCCAAGACUGGUUGAAGCAGUGAUAUUUGGUUGCAUCCCUGUGAUUAUAGCAGACGACAUCGUCUUGCCUUUUGCUGAUGCCAUCCCAUGGGAAGAUAUCGGGGUGUUUGUAGCAGAGAAAGAUGUGGCAAUGCUGGACACGAUCCUCACUUCUAUCCGACCGGAGGAAAUCUUGAGGAAGCAGAGAUUGCUUGCAAACCCUUCAAUGAAACAGGCAAUGUUGUUCCCACAACCUGCUCAGCAUGGGGAUGCGUUCCAUCAGAUUUUGAAUGGACUUGCUCGCAAGUUGCCUCAUGACACAACGAGUGUUUACUUGAAACCUGGUGAAAAGGUCUUGAACUGGACCGCUGGUCCACUGGGAGACCUUAAACCUUGGUAGACGUCCGUCCGAGUAUGAAUCAAUUUUUGUGUACACUAUUGCAUCUUCGCGGUACAUUUCCUUGGACACCUUGCCUUUUUGAACUUGAUAUGUUUCAUUUUCCAUGAGUAAUUGAUGUAAAAUAAUAUGGGACGCGUGACGUACAUAUUAAAUAAAUAUGUUGACAUUUUAAUUACUACCUCCGUCCUGGAGUAUUCGUCCAGUUUUGACUUUUGGAACUGUUCAUCUAAGUACUCUGACUCAUCAAAUUCUCUCAAUGUGUAAGCCUCAAUAUAGUCAUGUGUGAUCU